AUGAAUGCUGCACGAAGUUAUCAUACAGCAUCCGUCUUAACAGAUGGAAAAGUAUUAGUGACGGGUGGAUACAAUAUUAAUGUAACUCUGGCUAGUUGUGAACUGUAUGAUCCAGCAACACAAACUUGGACAACUACUGGUAAUAUGCAUCUAGAACGGUAUCGUCACACAGCAUCUGUAUUGACAGAUGGGAAAGUGUUAGUUGCCGGUGGAUCUACUCAUAGUUCUUGGAUAAAUAGUAGUGAAUUAUAUGAUCCAGCAACAGGUAAUUGGAUAAUUACUGGUAGCCUGAAUCAUCCACGAGAUAGCCACAUAGCAGCAGUGUUAAAAAAUGGAAAAGUCUUGGUUGCUGGUGGAUAUGGUGAUCGUGAUACUCCAUAUAGUGCUGAGUUGUAUGAUCCAUCAACAGGCAAUUGGACAAAAACUGGUGACAUGAAACGUGCACGAGAGUCUCAUACAGUAUCCAUUCUAACAAAUAGAAACAUAUUAGUUACUGGUGGUUCUCAUGGGAAUAGUGCUGAGUUGUAUGAUCCAUCGACAGGUAAUUGGACACUUACUGGUAGCAUGCAUUAUGAACGACAGUGGCAUAAAGCAGUGGUCUUAGCAAACGGAACAGUAUUAGUAUCUGGUGCAAUUAAUGCUAAUACCGCUGGAUCUACUGCUGAAUUGUAUGAUCCAUCAACAGGUAAUUGGACACUCCUUAGUGGUUACCUGAAUAAGCCACGAUACUAUCAUACAGCAUCUGUACUAACAAAUGGAAAUGUAUUAGUCACUGGUGGAUGUCACGUUACUUGUGGAAAUACGGCCGAAUUAUUUAAUCCAGCAACAGGUAAUUGGACAAUAAUUGGUAACAUGAAUAAUAUGACUAAUGGACGAUUUCGUCACACAGCAUCUAUCUUAGCGAAUGGAAAAAUUUUGGUUGUUGGUGGCGAUGAUCAAAAUGAGAUUUAUCUAAAGAGUGCUGAGUUAUAUCAACCAUUGUAA